ACAGCCAAAGCAGGCAAGACAGAUAGCAGCAGAGCUGGAGAAACAGAGCGAACAUAGGUCGGGCGGAGAGAGACGGACUGUGAGAGCGGAGAGAGAGGAGGACGAGAUUAAUACACACAAGUAGAGGCAGUGGCUAGCAGCAGACAUGGCUUCUGAUCCCAGCACCCAGUCCAGGGUGAUGUUCCAGACCUCGGACAAGACCCAAGAGAAUGCACAGCGCAAGCUGGGAAAGCUGACAGUCAAGUACAACCGCAAGGACCUGCAGCGGAGACUGGACAUCGAGGAGUGGAUCGACGGGCAGCUGCACCUGCUCUUAGACUGUGAGGAGGAAGAGAUACCAGAGCUAGAGAUUGACAUAGAUGAGCUUCUGGAGUUGCCUGAUGAGGAGCAGAGAGCCAGACUGCAUGAGUUAUUGCUUGGGUGUGGCAAGCCAAAAGAGGACUUUAUCAACGGGCUGCUUUAUAGAAUGAAGGGCCUUCGGAAAAUGUCAGGCCCCUUGAAGAAAUAACGAUCAAAUGAAACGAGGUCAAAUCAAGAAUGUAGAAAAUGAAAAAGAAAAAGCUCCUACACUGUUCACCGUUAGCUGGUGGUCAGGAUGUCUAUGUGCGACAGGACCCUCGCCCUGCACACAGGGGUCCAUUACGAGAGUGGUUGUUAGUGAUUAGCGUUUUUUAUGACUUAUUUAUGGACAGUUUUAACUUCUUGACUCCCUCAUACACAAGUAUACAUACAAUUCACCAGUGCUAUCAUUUCAAGUUGUCUCUCACUUUUUUUUUGUGCAAGACUGUACAUUUUUGGUUGACUGUUUAUGUACAUAAUAUUUUUGUUCAGAUAAACAGUGUUGUAUCUUAAAAUAAAACAUAUUUUCAAAAGAGGAGGUAACCGUAAAGGUUACGUGGAAUUCAUAAAAUUCUAAUAUUUUUG